AUAAUCGAUUAACCGAAGACCUGCGACAACGUUUUCUGCUGGCCAACCUCCAAAGCGCGUGUUCCUGACAAGCCGUAAGCAGUUGCGUGUUUAAAACCAGUUAGCCUAUCGCUGCAACAUAGUUCUGGGGCGCCUGGUGCAGGUAGGUUUGCAGGUUGGCUCCGGCCGAUGCAGAAGGGGCCAAACUGCUGACACUCGAAAGCCGCGCGGUCAUCAAAAGAUGCCUAUAGGCUGAUGAACACACACUACCAUACUAGCUCUGAGACUGAAAGUCAAGGAUCAAUAAGGGCGGGACACAACGUCGGUCGCAUUCCUUGCCAUGAACCAGCUGGACCUGUACGCGGACGGGGCCCACGGCGACGAUGACGUGACUAAGGGACCAUGGACGCCUGAGGAGGACGCCAUUCUACGCCAGCUUGUGAUGACCCAGGGACCGCGCAACUGGACAUCUAUCGCCUCGUGCAUACCCGGCCGCUCGGGAAAGUCUUGCAGGUUGCGAUGGCUUAACCAGCUGAGUCCUGCGGUCAAGAGCGGGCCCUUCUCCGCGGAGGAGGAUGCCGUCAUUCUGUGGGCGCACAUGCAAUACGGCAACAAAUGGGCCAGCAUCGCCAAGCACCUGCCGGGCCGCACCGACAACCACAUCAAGAACCGCUGGAACUGCACGCUGAAAAAGAAGCACAGCGACAUUAUGGCGCAGCUCAGGCAGGAGUGCGGGCCCGACGGCAUUGUGUCCAUUGCAGCCAUACACAACGUGCUAGUCAGUCAGGGCGGCAACGGCGGCGCAGGCCGCGGCGCACCGCCCAUGCUGCGCGGCCCGGGCCCGGUGCUGGGCGGCGGCGGCGGCCCCAAGGGCCCGCCGGGCAUGGGCUUCCUGCCUGGCCUGGGCGGGCUGGGCGGACUGGGGCGGGACCUGGCUAUGGGCGGGCCGCCCGGCAGCGAGUUCCUGAUGCCACCGGGGUUGCCCGGACUGCCCGGCGGCCUGCCACCGGGCCUAGGCGGCGGCCUGCCGCCGGGCCUCGCGCCGGGCCUCCCCGGCGGCCUGCCACCGGGGCUGCAUCCCAACGCCGCCAUGAUGCUGGCGGCCGGCGGGCCGCUGGCGGCGGCCGCCGCCGCCGGCGGGCUGGGCGGCCUGGGCGGUCCCAUGGGCCCCGGCGGACCCAUGGGCAUGGCGGGCGCGGGCGCCGCCGCCGCGGCGGCGGCGCUGGCGGACCAGGAGUGGCGGCUGCGGUUGGGCGGCGCCGCGGGCGGCGCGGGCAGUGCGUUCUCGCUGUACGGCAACGCGGCUGGCGGCCUGGGCGCCGGCGCUGGCGGGGUUGGGGGCGGCGGCAGCAGCAAGUCGGAGGACGGACGCAGCCUCAAGCGGCGGCGCGACGGCGAGACGCCAGACCCCGGCUCUGACGAGGACUCGGCGGCGGUGGCGCUCAAGCAGCUAGCGCACGCGGAGCCGCGCGGCCACGAGGGGCAGCUGCGAGCCGACCUGCGGGACCUGCAGCGCCUGAACCUGCAGCGGGGCGGCGGCGGCGGAGGCCAGUCGGGGAGCGGCGCGGGCGAGGAUGAGGAUGACGACAUGAUGGACGGGGACGGCGAUGAGGAGGAGGAGGAGGAGGAGGGCGGGGGUGGUGGCGGUGGCGGGGAGCAUGGGCGCAGCGGGCGGGGCGAGGAGGAGGGGGAGGAGGGCGGCGAUGGCGGCGCGGGGCGGGCGAGGAAGGAGGGCGGAGGUGCGGCGGCCGCCGCGGCGGCUGCGGCUGCGGCGAUGGCGACGCUGGCGGGCGCGGCGGCGGGCGCCGGCGGCCUGCCGGGCAAUGCUGCCAGCGCGGGUGCGGCGGCGACCGGUGGAGCGCGGGGGGCAGGCGCUGGGCCGGCGGCGGGUGCCAAGCCGGCGGCUGGCAGCGGUGACGUCAGCGGCAGCGGUGCGGGCGAGGAUGACGAGGCGGAGGCGGGAGCGGGUGGCGCCGCGAAGGAGGAGGAGCGGGACGAGCGGCGGCGGCGGGACAGCGGUCCGCGGGCGCGCGCCGCCGGAGGCGAGGGGGGCGACGGGGGCAGCGGUGACGCCGCGGACGAUGCCGGGGAGGCGCAGGCUCGCGGCGGCGCGGCGGGCAUUGCUGCGGCCGGCCGCACUGGCUCCGGCACUGGUCCCGCCGCCUCCGGAAAGCCGCAGCAACCGCAGCAACCGCAGCAGCAGCCAAAGCAGGACCAGCGUGCCGGUGGAGGCGGUGGCAGCGGCGGAGCAACCGCAAAGAAGGAGUCCUCCCGUGACGGCACCGGCGCUGCCGCCGGCAGCAGCCAUAAGCCGACGCCGGGUGACCGCAGCGAACGCGGCGGCGACCGCGGCAAUGACCGUGACCGUGAACGCGGCGAGCGUGACCCCCGCGACCGUGACCCCCGCGACCGUGGCGGCGACCGCAACGGACCCAUGGGCGACGCCAUGAUUGCGCAGAACACCGCGGCGGCUGCGGCGGCGGCCGCCGCCGCGGCGGCCGCCAACCUGCCGCUGCCCAACACGCCCGCCGCCAGCUACGGCGCGCUGCUGAACCAGCUGCCUGAGACGCUGAUGCAGCUCAGCAGCACGCUGCGGGUGGUGCUGACGGCGGGCAACAUGGGCGCGGCGCAGGCGCUGGUCACAAAGCUGGAGGAGCUGGCGUACUCGGUGCUGAUGCAGCGCGCAGCGUUCAACUUGGCAAACGCGCACGACGGCGGCCACGGUGGCGGUGGCGGCCCUGGCGGCUCACAGCUGCCGGCGGCGCUGCAGGCGGCGGCGGGCGGGCUGGGGCUGGGCCCUGGGCCUGCCGGGCCGCCGGGCAACGUGGACCCGAACCUCAUUGCGCAGCUGCUGCUUCUCACGCAGUCAGGAAACUGAUCGCCGGGCUGUCCAAGCAGGCUCCAGAGCACGCGUGUUGGGAACGGACGACUGAGACUUAAAGCUGCGCAACUUGCGUGUGCAGGAGCCGUGACCGGUUGGGGAUGUUCCCGGUCAGGGCCAUGACGUGUGUACUCGAUACUUUUGUGCUGUGGAAUCGGGACCGUAAUACAAGGAUGUUUCUGUAUCUUUAAAAUGGCGUUGGGACAAGACAUUAAUGGUAAGGAGGUCUCACGGGACGUGUUUGGACGUGCUACGAAGGAAAGCACAGGACUGAAGUCAGCUCGGUUCAAAAUUGAUGCUCGUCAGGGUGUGACGGUGACGUGGGGCGCUAUGCUCGUACAAGGUCGGAGCGGCGGGGUUGGCUCCACCAAAAUAAAUGCUUCAAGCUGCGGCGACAGCCGGUACCGUGGCUUGUGUGCCACUGACGGCGGCGGGGCGGGGACUGUGCGGACGUGCCAGGGAAGACGUGCCCGCAUCCAUGUGUGUGACUGUGUCAAAUGGCACGGAAUAAAGGACACCGGCAUCCGGUGGUGCGGCGGAGGCCGGGCGUGAUGGACAAGACAGGUGGCUCUCCCUCUUGUGGGAGCAGUGGGCUGCGCCCAUGCCACGUUGUUGCAUGUCUGAGGCCUACAUGUUGGUACUGGUGUCCAUGACGCAAACCAUUCCAGUCGGUCGGUAGGCGAGGUCGCCCCAGCCGGCAAUGAAUGCUGAGUUGCAGUUGAGCAAAUUGUGUGGAUGUGCGUGUGUGUGUUUGAUGAUGUUGGCCGCAUUUGCUGGUACUGUUGAAUACUGAUGGACAACGCGGGACACCGGGACACAGGCCUCGGAGAAGGGGCCUGGAGCGGCCAUUGGGCACGGUGCAAGGGACGGGGAAGCUCCCGACGGCAAGAGGCGUCUUCACCAUGUAUUGCAAUC